AAAAACAAACACAAGGUCACAGAUAAACAAUGUUGAAGCAUCAAUAGAAAUAAUCUAUGACGUAGCUUCUGAUAUCAAAGAAGCAACUGUCACAGAAACGAUGGGAAAGGUUGCCUGUGAAAACUGUCCCCUGGCAGAAAGUUAUCAAGUUGAAAACGCUUGCAAUCCCACUGCUUGUGACAAAAUAUCUACAAACUGCACCCAUACAAAUGGCCUGUUGACAUGCCAGUGUAACCACGGCUACAUUAACACAAGUUACACUGACAGAUUAUGCAUGGCAGCAUGUCCAGCUGGUGAGAAAGUUGUGAACGGCAAAUGUAAACCAUGUGGCUUUGGCCGUACUGGAUUUAACUGUGAGAACGAAACGUUGUUGAUCGUUGUGAUCAUUUGCUCUGUCCUUGGAUUCCUGAUGAUCGUUGGGUUGAUCGCUCAGCCAUUGGUACUAAAAAAAUUAAAGAAGAAAGGCUCCAAGAGCAAAGAGGAAGACCUUUGGAAAGCCAACCAAAUCCCUUCCUUUGUCAAGCCUCCACUGCCCUACGGCAGCAGCAAUGGGCUUUCCAAAGAGCCAGCAGACAGCCUGGUAAAUUCUGGGUUCCCUCAAAUCCCACGGGCAAAUACCAGUACCAGCUGGGCUAGCAAGACCAACCUGGAGAUGACUCCGAGCAACAGCCCACAAAACUUGGGAUUCAACAACUACCAAGAUGAUGUGUUUUCAUUCUCCCAGAGUCGACCCAAAAUCAACCCCUAUGAGCAGCUCCAGUCCAGAAGCAGCACUUACUCUAAGAACCGAAAUACAAACCCUUACGCUCAGAUCCGGGGCCAGAAAAACCCUUACUUUAAAUAAGAAGAGGGAAGCUGAAUCACUUCACAAAUUCCUAUAGUGGUGGUUUUCCCACGUUAGUGCAACUCAUUGGAACCCCCCUGAUGUAAAAGAUGUAAAUAGUAAAUAGAAGCCAUAUCAGCUGAGAUGGGCAAUGUUAUUAUGUAGCAGAUAUUUUAUCACCUUUAUUACUUAUAGCUUCUAUUUUGGUGUGCUAUAAACUGUAAUAAAUCAGUCUGUCCUUAAUUGUUGAAAUCAUGACAUUUGGUUUACAAUUACUAACUUCUGAAUUAGUUAGUUGAACAUGAAUAGUUAAUAUAUUGAUAAAAAAUAUAUUUUUUAAUUGUUGUUCGUCUAGGAAUUUACUAGAAUUGUUUUUGCUCAGCAUUUCAGGUAUGAGUCUCAGUUUUACGUUAAAUCAGAGAAAGUGAAGAUGUUCAGCAUCUUACAAUGUGCUUUCUGUAGAAGUGAAAUCAUUUAUCAAAUAAGUCCAAUAGUUUGUAAUAUUCAUAGCAAUGUUUGUGUUGAUUUUUUCCCUUUAUAGCCUCAUGUGAUUGAUAAGCUGUAAAUCAGAGAUUCUCUAUUUAUCUUCUCAUUGGAAUUUCAAAUAGCAAUUUUUAAUAUGAAAACAAUAAAGUUUGCAUUGCUGUUUUCAAAUGCUUCAUAAGGGGCUGCAUAGUGAUGCAGUUGUUAGCACUGUUACCUUGCAGCAAGAAGGUCCUGGGGUCUUUCUGCAUGGAGUUUGCACAUUCUCUCCAUGCAUGCCUAGGUUCCCUCUGGAUACUUCGACUUCCUCCUACCGUCUAAAAACAUGAAUGUUAAGUUAAUUGAUCUGUUUAAAUUUUCCUUUGUUGUGUAUAUGUGUGUGGGUGUGUGUGCACGCCUCUCACCCACCCACCCACACACACACAGAGGCAGAGACCCCCCUCACAAGCCUGCAAGGAUAAGAACGUUAGAAAAUUUAUGGAUGUUUUAUACGAGUGAUCUGAGUAUGAUGGACACAUAAGCAAAAUGUUGACAUGUAUAAAAGUUUAUACUUGAUAAAGAUUAUGUUUAAUGCUUUAUUUUAAAAAAGGUGCUUUAAUUUCUUUUGUUGAAUAUAACUGUAUAAUAACACCAAAAAACACUUGAAAAUUGAAUAGAUGAAGUUAUGCAUCAAGCCAUCAAAGAAAUUAUUAUAACAUUUAUG